AUGGAUAGAGUUAAGAGGAUUUGGGAGGUGGAGUUGACCGCAGUGCUCGAGAUACAGAAGCCUGGCCACAGGAAAAGGAUUCUGUGCUCGGUGUCGGGAGAACACAACGGUCCGAUAAACAACAUGGAAGACAUCAAUGCAGACCUCAACACUUUGAAAAGCAACAUUCAGCAAUUGAAAGAAGAGAUCAAGGAGAAGCUGCCGCCCUCCGAGAACUUGAAACCAGUUCCGCCUCCAGUUGUUCCUACCCUAGCGCCACCUGGCGGUGAGACGCUCAAACGUAGUAAGAAGAAUAGGCCAGCACCGCAGCCGCCUAGACCCUCGGAUCUGGAGAUUAGAGCGCCCUCGGAACUAUUGGUCGGGGUACCAGGAGCCUUGAAGACACAAUGGAAGCACCAGCCAUUCGUGCUGGUGACGGGAGCUGUGACCUACGUAGCUAAUUACUUGGGUUCGACGGUUGUGAAAGAGCUAAGGGGAACCGAAUCGACGAAGAAGUCGAUACAGAAGUUAAAGAAAACGACAAAGGAGCCCCGGGACUCUCCUGACAUUAUACUAUCCAUCAGUUAUAGGGGGGUAAAGUUCUUGAACACCAUUACGAGGGAGUUGAUAUGCGAGCACGAGAUCCGAAACAUCCACUGCGCCUGUCAAGACGCUGACGACCUCACCCACUUCGCAUACAUCACUAAGGACCAUGCCACAAGAAGCCACUACUGCCACGUGUUUCGUGUUGCCACAAUGGAUCAAGCCACCGAAGUGAUACUAACGCUGGGCGAGGCGUUCGAGGUGGCAUACCAAAUGGCCCUGAGGGAGCAGUCGAACCGCGCUAAGGUCACGCAAUCGCUUGCCAAAACCCCGACCCACGAGCCGCUAUCCGUCAGCGGCAAAGAGAAGCCGAAUAGGAACCACGGCAGGUCGCAUUCCAUAACGGAGAUCAAGCUGAACGGCCACCAGCUAAAGAUCGCCCCGAUUCCCGCCUCGCUGUCCAACGAGGACUUCCAGUCGUCUUCCAAAAACACAGAAGGCUCCAGAAGCCCCAGAACUCCGCUACUGAAGGCGCCAAUCGCCUCCGCGGAAGAAUUG